AUGGCCUCCUCGGUGCUCAACGUCGCAGUCUUGGACGAUUACCAGGGCUUCUCCGAGAGCUUCUUUGCGACCCUCGACCCGGCAUCGUUCAAGUCGACCGUCUGGCACCGUUCCAGAUCCUUUGCAUCAUGCGCGAGCGAACCCCUUCCCCGAAGCCCUCAUCAACCGCCUCCCCAACCUCCAACUCCUCCUCUCCACCAGCAUCCGCAACAACUCCCUCCACCUCCCCGCCCUCGCCGCCCGCGGCAUCCCGCCGCCGGCACCUUUGAAAAGAACCGCACCCAAACCGCCAGCAACCCGGCGCCCGACUCCACCACGACGCACUGCAUCGCCCUCAUCCUCGCCCUCGUGCGCGACAUCCCCAACUCCCACGCCGCCAUCCAGUCCGGCCAGUGGCAGGUCUCCAUGGCCACAGCCCUCCCGGGGAAAGUCUUUGGCGUGCUCGGCCUCGGCCGCCUCGGCCUCAACGUCGCCCGCAUCAUGUCCACCCUCUUCGGCCGCGUCGCCGCCGCGGGGCUCCCCGUCGAUUCUCCGUAUUUCCCCGGCGAGAAGACGGUGCGCGUCGUCACCAAGGAGGAGCUGUUUCGCGAGGCGGACAUUGUGAGCGUGCACCUCGUGCUCUCGGACCGCACGCGCGGCGUCGUGGCCGCUGAGGAUUUGGCGAGGAUGAAGCCGACGGCAUUUCUCGUCAACACGUCCCGCGGCCCGCUGGUCAAGGAGCGGGACUUGCUCGAUACUCUGAAGGAAGGCACGAUUGCGGGGGCGGCCAUUGACGUGUUCGAUAUGGAGCCUCUACCCGAGGAUAGCGAGUGGAGGACGGUGAGGUGGGGUACUGGCGGGACGAGCAGGGUGGUGUUGACGCCGCAUAUGGGUUACAUGGCCAAGGAGACGAUGACUACGUGGUAUGAGCAGCAGGUGGAGAAUAUCAAGCGAUGGGUUGCUGGAGAGGAGCUGAAUACCCGCGACUACGAGCGCCUUUCUCAUGCGGAGAAAGGCGUCACCACUAGGCUCCUCAUGUGGCCCGAAGUACCCAUCGCGGCUUUAGUUGUCUUCCAGCUGCUCAUCAGGGACGAAUCUAACGAUUCCGUGCAGCGAGCCAAGGUCAAAUCGCUCAAGACCCUCCUUCGUGGAUUUGGGGUCGAAAGGGGUGAUCAGCGCCUCCCCGCAAGCCCAAUCCCUCUUCUUCCACGCCCUGCCCCCGAGAUCCGCUGCAUCAUCUACGACUACAUGUGGAGCAGCGGCGGGUUCCAAAACGGCAUCCACAUCGACGUCCGACGGCCCCAAGGCUCCUCCUCGUCAGCCGCUGCCGAGGGCACGUACGAACCCCUGAGCUACCCUUGUCUCCUCGAGGCCGACGACGCCUUUCGGGACGAGGCCGUCAACGCCGAGAUCGAUGCCCUGUGGGACGAUCACGAGGCGCGGGCAAGCUCGGCGACUGAAGAAUCGUCGGGCAAGGGGCCACUUGAUUGCUGGUUCGAUUACUCGCGCAAGUCCAAGGCGGCGCGGGAGAGGCAGCUCGAGGCGGGUGAAUCGCGGGAUGUGUCUCCUACGUGGCAGCCGCUGUUGCCGGUUCUGCUCACAUGCAAGAGAUUAUACCUAGAAGCCAUGCCCAGCUUCUUCUCCGACGUCCCCUUCAUCUUCCAAGUCGACGAGCCCCACGCCAUCCACUCCUUCCUCUCCCACAACCCGCACCCCUCCCUCCCGCACCUCCAGACCGUCCACGUCUACUCCGAAACCACGAACCCCAACGACGCCCACGGCACCGACACCGAGCCCAUCCCCGGCACCGGCUUCCACAGGGCCCUCACCCGGUGCGCCUGGGAGUCCCUCGCCCGCUUGCCUGCGCUGCGAAGGAUCCGCUACCACCAAUCCUACGUGCCGCCCGGCUGCGACAUCGACCUGCGCAACGUCACCAAGAUGGCGGGCGCGGCGCUGGCGAGCAAGAUGACGCUCGAGAUCCCGACGGUUCAUGAUGGAGAAGACGGCGGUACGUCCCCCGCCGCUGUGGAGGAGGAAGGGGAGACGCCGCUCGCGGGGAAGCGGAGAUCUGGACUAGAGGAUGCGCCGCCCUUUGGCGAGGUGCAGAGGUUUGAGACUUUGCGGUACUGGCAGGAAGACGAGGAUCUUUGGCCGGAAACGAAGAAUUACCUGCGCAAGGUGGAUGAUGACUUGUGUUGGUAUUGCAGGAACCGGCUGGUUCCGUUUGGGGGCGAGUUUUGGGAAGGUGGGAUUGAGUGA